AUGAGAGUGUUCAUAAUUCCAUGGCUCAUGUUCGCCAUUACAGUGAAAGCACAGGAUACGGUGGUAACACCGAGCCAUGGUCAGCUCCUGGACGCUUCACUCUACCAGUUUCUUCAACGACAAAAUCAAAUCAACAACGCUAUCAUGCUUAACAACGCAUUAUUGGCCAAUUCAUUGGUGACGGUGCCCACCAACGAGCAUCAGAUAAGACUUCCUAACACACUUCAAUUUCCUGUCACCAGUCUUCCACCACUUUUUCACAAAUUUCCACAAACUAUGGCAACGGUUCCGAUUGCUGGUUUGAAUCGACUGGGAAUUUACGAUGUUCUUAGCAACGUUAGAGCCUUCGACGAUAUAAAAUAUCCUCUCAUACACUCUCAAAACAAAGAUGAGCGAUCUGAAAAGAAGGAUAAUGUCUACAAUUUGCUGAGGACCUUUAAUUUGACCGACGAAGAAACUAAAGACAUUGUCAAGCGUGUCGAAAAGUUCCUGGACUUCGAUUUAUAUCAGAUUGUUCGUGAUGAGCUGGUGAAGAAAUUGUCCGAAGUGCGACUAACUGGUCGUAAGAAUCCUCCAGAUGUUUCUCAGGAAUCAACAACCUUAGUCUCCACGAUGGAUGCAACCACUCAAGACUAUGAUUGGCAAAUGAACCAACGACUUGGGUUCUACGUGGGGGUUUUGGAGACCGACUUGCUUUCUGAAUGCAGCGGUGAUGACCUAUUUACUUACCAUGGAUUUUCUCUUCAGUAUCUUUCUUCAAAAACUGUUGCUGCCACCUACGAUAUAUUCGGCUGUACUCACAACAGAUCGAAUUUCGUCGAAGCUGAAAUAUUCACUGCUCAAUUGCACCUCCCUAUUGAAGAGAAAAUGGUCGACGAGAAGAGCUACGAUGAUCUGCCAAUAUCGAAUGAGGAACAACUCACAAUGGAACUAGAUGGCGCGUUUCCAGUUUCCAUGUUAAUUUUCGUCGAAGAAGUUUAUUCCAUUGCUUCUGCUACUUGUGACGAUACUGAAGUAUUCGAGUGUUUAGAGCAUCUGAAAGACCAAGAGUAUGAAAUGUCGGCCACGAGCACUUCAUCGACUGUCCAACUGGCUACCGAUAUCGCUCGUCCACAAGCAUCCACACCAUCAGAAACAUUACCGACUACACAAAUACAUGAAGUUACAAACAACACGAAAAAAGCCAUAACAAAGUCGCGGAAUGGAAUCGACGCCAAUGCGUUGAAUAUGAAAUUCGUGACCGGUGCUCCGCUUGAUCUCGAUAACGAAGAUAAUCACGCAGUUGCUUACCGUAAUCGAAAUUUACACAGGUCUGCUUCCUCAACAAACCCACCAGCGCCAACAUUCCCGAAACCAAGUGGAAAACCUAGAUAUUUCACGCAUCCAAAAACACCAUUCGAAAGAUUGGUAGUCGACUAUAAGCAGCGAUUAGCAGGAGGUAUGGACAUCGAUAAGAUCCUCAAAUCGAUCUACUCGAACGCCUAUAUUGCUCUAAUAGACGCAAAAGAUGCACCAAAAGUACAAAUCCCACUAAGUAUGAGACGAGCGGAGAUAACCUUAGGCUGA